CCUUCCCGCUGAGUCUGACGAAUAAAUCCCGCGAAAUUCCCUCUCUUUCAGUCUCUCCCACAGCCACUUCUCUUUUCUUCUUCGUCUCUAGUUUUCACCAUAAAUCCCCUCGCCACCGUCCACGCGUUACCGGAAUCUGCCACCCACGGGGAGAAGACGCUGACAUUCUGGCUUUUUUCUUUUGUUUUUUUUUCCUUACUGUUCCUGCUCUGGGUCCGCCGUUUCUCUCCCCACUGAGCUUGUCUGUUUCACCUUUUCUCUCUCCCCUCUACGUCUUGCCUCGCCACAUUCCGUUUUCUCUCUCUAGCUAGGAGGCAGCGACUCUACGCGUACAUGUCUUAUCUCAGAGAUUCCCGACGCGUUUCACCACUCCACUGCUUUUAGAAAUCCGUUGAAAAGUUAGAACAAGUGUUCCUUUGCGAGAGAUCCUUCUGUCUUCGCAUUAGUGUUAGUGGUAUUGGUAUGUGUAAGGAGUUUUUGUCUCGAUAAUGAAAGAGUUUGCUAAGCAUGGACGCCGGUGGGCGUCCGACACCGUCCCGAGCAGGGCGGUAAGUGUCGGAUCGUCGCCGGAAAAUGAAUCUGUAGUAUCGCCGGGGGAGGAGUUCGUCGAGGUGACGCUCGAUAUUCAAGACGUCGACACCAUCGUGCUCCGGUGUGUCGAACCGGCGACGGGCGUCCACAUUGAGCGGGACGGAGGGAGCGAAACUCCGGCGUCGGCGUCGACGUCGGGGUCGAUUGGCCGGAGUUCGUCGAAUCGGCUCCGCCAGUUCUCGCAGGAGCUGAAGGCGGAGGCGGUGGCGAAAGCGAAGCAAUUCUCGCAGGAGUUGAAGGCGGAGCUGAGGCGGUUCUCGUGGAGCCACGGCCAUGCCUCGCGCGUGCUCUCUUCGCCUUCCUCGUCUUCCCCGUUUCAGAACAUCGUCAUUGGAGGCGGCAACGGCCUGGAGUCGGCCUUGGCCGCUCGAGCGCUCCGGCAGCAGCGAGCGCGGCUCGAUCGCACUCGUUCCGGUGCUCAGAAAGCCCUAAAAGGACUCAGAUUCAUCAGCAACAGGAAGACGAACGGCGUUGAUGCCUGGAACGAAGUUCAGAGCAACUUCAACAAGCUCGCCAAGGACGGCUACCUCUACCGAGCCGAUUUCGCACAAUGCAUAGGAAUGAGAGAUUCGAAAGAAUUCGCGCUGGAACUCUUCGACGCAUUGAGCCGGCGGCGGAGAUUGAAGGUCGACAAGAUCAACAGAGACGAGCUUUACGAGUACUGGUCUCAGUUCACCGAUCAGAGCUUCGAUUCUCGACUCCAGAUCUUCUUCGACAUGGUGGACAAGAACGAGGACGGCAGGAUCACUGAAGAGGAAGUGAAAGAGAUCAUAAUGCUGAGUGCCUCGGCAAAUAAGUUAUCAAGAUUGAAGGAACAGGCAGAGGAAUAUGCAGCUCUGAUCAUGGAAGAACUAGACCCUGAAAGGCUUGGCUACAUUGAGCUAUGGCAACUAGAAACACUUCUGCUACAGAAGGACACGUACCUGAGUUACAGCCAAGCCUUAAGCUACACGAGCCAAGCCUUGAGCCAGAACCUACAAGGCCUAAGAAACAGAAGCCCCAUUCAAAGAAUGAGAACAAAACUUGCAUGGUACCUGGAAGAGAACUGGAGGAGACUUUGGGUUCUUCUGCUGUGGGUGAUGAUCAUGGCUGGGCUUUUCAUUUGGAAGUUCCUUCAGUACAAACAGAAAAGCGCGUUCAAGGUCAUGGGUUACUGCCUCCUCACGGCUAAGGGCGCAGCCGAGACCCUGAAGUUCAACAUGGCUCUCAUCUUAUUGCCUGUGUGCAGGAACACUGUGACUUGGCUGAGGUCCACCAAGCUGGGCUUGUUUGUACCCUUCGAUGACAACAUCAACUUUCACAAGACUGUUGCGGCAGCCAUAGUAGUUGGUGUUAUACUUCAUGCUGGAAACCAUCUGACUUGUGACUUCCCAAGGCUUAUAAACGAGUCAGAAAAGACGUACGAAUCUUAUUUGCCUGGUGUUUUCGGUCCUACUAAACCCAAUUACAUUAGUCUGGUUCGAGGGGUUGAGGGUGUGACAGGAAUACUAAUGGUGAUCUUCAUGGCCAUUGCUUUCACGCUUGCAACCCGUUGGUUCAGGCGGGGUCUUAUUAAGCUGCCCAAGCCUUUUGACAGGCUGACAGGCUUCAAUGCCUUCUGGUAUUCACACCAUCUUCUUGUCAUUGUCUAUAUCUUGCUCAUCAUCCAUGGCAUGUAUCUGUAUCUCGUGGACAAAUGGUACUAUAAGACGACAUGGAUGUUUCUUGCUGUUCCUGUUCUCUUAUAUGCUGGGGAGAGAACCCUGAGAUUCUUUCGGUCUGGCUUCUAUACUGUCCGACUUGUAAAGGUUGCCAUAUAUCCAGGCAAUGUACUUACCUUCCAAAUGUCCAAGCCUCCCCAGUUCAGGUACAAGAGUGGGCAAUACAUGUUCGUCCAGUGCCCUGCUGUCUCUCCAUUUGAGUGGCAUCCAUUCUCCAUAACCUCAGCCCCCGGUGAUGACUACCUUAGUGUUCACAUCCGGCAGCUUGGUGACUGGACGCAAGAGCUUAAGAGGGUAUUCUCAGAGGCCUGUGAGCCUCCGGUUGCCGGGAAGAGUGGGUUACUCAGAGCUGAUGAAACAAUGAAAAAGAGUUUGCCAAAGCUCUUAAUAGACGGGCCAUAUGGAGCUCCAGCGCAAGAUUAUAGAAAAUAUGAUGUUCUUCUUCUUGUUGGUCUUGGAAUUGGGGCAACACCUUUUAUCAGUAUUCUGAAAGAUUUGCUCAACAACAUUGUUAAGAUGGAGGAGCAGGCUGAAUCAGUCUCAGACGUUAGCAGAAGCUCGGAUCAGAGCAUUAGUGCCUCGGAUUCUUCAUCUCAUGUUAAGGAUCAUCCGAAAAAAAAGAAAACCCUGAAGACCACAAAUGCUUACUUUUAUUGGGUAACUAGGGAGCAAGGUUCAUUCGAUUGGUUCAAAGGGGUCAUGAACGAAGUUGCUGACCUUGAUCAAAGGGGUGUCAUUGAGAUGCAUAAUUACUUGACCAGCGUUUAUGAAGAAGGGGAUGCUAGAUCAGCACUCAUCACCAUGGUUCAAGCACUCAACCAUGCUAAGAACGGGGUCGACAUUGUAUCAGGCACUAGGGUGAGAACACAUUUUGCAAGGCCUAAUUGGAAAAAGGUUCUCUCCAAAAUAUGUACAAAGCACGCCAAUGCAAGGAUAGGGGUCUUCUAUUGUGGGGCACCUGUUUUGGCCAAAGAACUCAACAAACUCUGCCAUGAGUAUAACCAAAAAGGUUCCACCAAGCUUGAAUUCCACAAGGAGCAUUUUUGAGGAGCUCUAUGCACCAUCACCACUCAAUCACUUUGUACAGUAUUUGAAGGUACUGCAAGCAAUGGAGGCAUGCAGAAGAUUCAUGCCGGGAAGAACUUGCACAUGUCACCACCCGAAUAGACGGGCUCUUAUUAGUUGAUGAAAUGAGCUACACGUGCCUUCGUCCUGCUAGUUGUACAACUGGCAGUCGACUCAAAUUUUAGAAGGUAUGCACCAAAAUCAACUGUUUUGAAUAAUCGUCACAUGUAUUAGCACGUAGGAUGUACGUGUUUGUAAUGUAAGUACGGGUAAAUUUAAGCAAAAAUCUAAACUAAGCUGUAUGAUUAUGAUUCCUGUUUCCAUAGAAAUGUUUUUUUGGACAGGAAGAUAGAGUUAUUCAAGUUUUAACCUA